GCGGCUGCGAGGCGCGGCUCCUGGAGACGCCAGUCAACCGCCAGCCCGCCCGCCACAGGUGCGCCGGCCCCCGCGGGGAGGAGCGCGGCUGGUGCUCCCAGGUAGCUCCCUUCUCUGGUUCUCACCGCUCUACUCCGCGGCCUCCCGGGAUCCAGGCAGGACUCGCACCGCGCGUCCCGGAGCGGCCAGGGCGCCCCCUCCGCGGAUCCCAAGCUCUUCCUCGGCCUGAGCGAGGGGGCCCUUCCCGCCCUGCGAAGAGCAAGGCGCGGAUUCGGCGAGGGCCGAGACCGAGGGUCUGGCGGCCGCAGGGACGACCGAAGUACGGGGCUCCGGCCCGGCUGCUGCCGGAACAUGCGCCCGGAGCUGCAGUUUGUUUGACAGUUGCCAGACUAUGUUUCUACUCCUGGUGCUACUCAGCCAACUGCCCGUAGUUACCUUCGCGUUUCCUCAUUGCACAAGAAGUCCCUCGGAGGAGUCUAGGCAUGCGAGAGAAGAAGUAUUUACAUCAAAAGAAGAAGCAAACCUGUUCAUACAUAGACACCUCCUAUAUAAUAGAUUUGAUUUGGAGCUCUUCACUCCCGGUGACCUAGAAAGAGAAUGCAUAGAAGAACUUUGUAAUUAUGAGGAAGCCAGAGAGAUUUUUGUGGAUGAAGAUAAAACGAUGAAAUUUUGGCAAGAAUAUUCAGUUAGAGGACCAACCACAAAAUCAGAUACUAGCAGAGAGAAAAUCGACGUUAUGGGCCUUCUGACUGGAUUAAUUGCUGCUGGAGUAUUUUUGGUUAUUUUGGGAUUAGCUGGUUACUAUCUUUGUAUCACCAAGUGUCACAGGCAACAAUAUCCAGGUUCUUCAGACAUCUACGUAAGAAGGGGCAGACACACUCCUUCCAUCAUCUUCAGAAGACCAGAGGAGGCUGUCUUGUCCCCAUCGCCACCUUCAUUGGAAGAUACAGGAUUACCUUCUUAUGAACAGGCAGUGGCAUUGACCAGAAAACAGAGUGUUUCACCACCACCACCUUAUCCCGGGCUGGCAAAUGAUUUUAGGGCAUUUAAAAAGUCUAUGUCACUCCCAUCUCACUAAGCCCUCAUUGUCUUGGUGAUGUAGGACAUUCACAUUAUUUAAGUGGUUCUUUUCCCUGAACCAAAAAAGACAGGUCAAUUCAGACGUUUAUGACAAACUGUAGAGAAUAAAGGAGAAAUAAGCAUGUGUUCUCUGCCGCUGGAGUUCUGUCAGCAUCUUUAACCUGAACUUUAUCAUUAUCAGCUGGAUACGGAAUUUUGUAUCCUUGCAGUUAAGAAGAGAGCACUGUUCUGUUCAAAAGAAUCUGUUAUGGAUGUCACAGCUAGAACUGGUGAACUGUCUGUAUUCUUUGUACAGAAAUGGUUGUAGAUUUGUUGUUGUUGUGUUAGUCGCUCAGUUAUGUCCGAUUCUUUGAGACCCUAUGGAUUGUAGUCUGCCAGGCUUCUCUGUCCAUGGAAUUCUCCAGGCAAGAAUACUGGAGUGAAAAAAAAAAAAAAAAAGAAUACUGGAGUGCGUAACCAUUCCCUUCUCUAGGGGAUCUUCCAGAUCCAGGGAUCGACCCAGUAUCUCCAGCAUUGCAGUCAGAUUCUUUACUGUCUGAGCCACCAGGGAAACCCCAUAGAUUUUUUGUACUGAAUACUAAAAAAAAAGAAAAAGAAUUUCUAAUUAUUAGAUUAUUCCAAGUUAUAAUAUUGGACCUACUCUUUUUUAGGAUUUCUUUUUGUUGCAAAUACUUCACAGAAUCUGACAUGUAAAUAUAAAUCAAUAACCUUAAUAAAAUCAGUUUUUUAUCUUAAAUUAUUGCAUAGCAUUCACUAUAUUUUGCACAGUUUAGUCAUGAACUGUUGCUAUCAGUCAUACUUUAUUAUGGGGGGGGCAGUCAAUAGUUUUCUUUAAAAAAUAAACACUAGGGAGUUACUUCUUCAGAAGAACCAUGGUUGCAAUGGAAAGGAUUUGCAAGGGUUGUUAGACCAUGAAGUAGAUUAUAGGCCUCAAAUCUAGGAGUGGAGCUUGAUAAAUUUGUGCAUAUUACUGAUGAGUAGACAAACCCAUUUUCAUUGCUAAAUUAUCUGUAUCUGACUAUGUAUAACUGUUAAUCUGGAAAAUUUUUCAAAGUUUAUAAAUAAUAGUUUGAGAACCUAGAAGUAACUUACUUUUCUGCUAUCAAAAUAAUAUUGAUUAAAGUUACCAGCAAUCUUUUAAUGUCUGGACACAGAAGAUCAUAGGCAAUAAUUUUGACCUAUAGUUUGUAUCUUCUUCUAAUUCUGUAUGUGACCAAUCUCCCCUUAUAAACAUAAUAGAGUAUAAGCUAUAAACUUCUGGAAUGAAUGUGUGAGCACAAAUUUAUUUGAGUGUAUGUGUAUGUGAAUUUGUUUCCUCUUUACAGGAACUCAAAAAAUAACAUACUCCUGAGAAAUAGAAAAUUCUGUUCUUUAUGUUUUUGCCAGGCAUUGCUUUUUUUCUAUGUAAUACGAUUUAUAAAACCAUAUUUUGUUUUAUAAUUUUAGAGGGAUGAGAUUAAAACUCACAUGCGUUUGGUAGUUCCAAAUUAAAUGUUUAAAAAGUAUAAAUCAUAUUACACUGUGUUUGAGUGUAUACCUCUCUUUUAAGACAGUGUGAUCUUAAUGCAGAUGAAAGAAAGAUCUUAAUCAUUAUAGACUGCUAAAGACUUUACGUUUGAUAUUUUCAGAGUCUCUUUGGUUACUUGUUGCAAAGAAAUCAUCUAGCAAAAAUUUUUGUUGUUUGAUAUUUCAUUUUGUUUUAAAUUAAUUUUUAUUGGAGUGUAGUUGCUUUACAUUGUUCUUUCAGUUUCCACUGUGCAGCAAAAUGAAUCAGCCAUACAUACAUACAUACAUACAUACAUAUAUAUCCCUUCCCUUUUGAACUUCUUUCCCAUUCAGGUCACCACAGUACAUUAAGUAGUGUUCUCUUACAGUGUUCUCAGUAGUUGUCUAUUUUAUAUAUAGUAACAUUUGGAUAUAAUUAGGAAAAGUGGUCUUUGUAAUGCCACCUACAUAACCUACAAAAAUUUUACUAUUAGUCAUAUAUUUGCUUUACAUAAGCACUUUUCCUCAUAUAACUUUGCCCUUAUUUUAAUGCUGUUUAAAAGAUCAGAGGCAGGACUUCCCUGGUGAUCUAGUGGUUAAGACUCUGCGCUUGCAAUGCAAGGGGCAUGGGUUUGAUUCCUGGGCAGGGAACUAAGAUUCCACGUGUCACACAGCCAAUAAGUAAAUAAAGCAAGCAAGCACCUAAUGCUGGUUCUGAGGCUAAUUAGGAAACAUUAAAAAAAAAAAAAGAUUGGAAGCAAAUUCCAUCAUUUUAGCAAUCACUCUAAAGCAUGCAAGGAUAACUUGCCCCAAAUCUAACAUGUUGGUAAGAGCUAGGUUUAGAAUGAGCAAGCACAUUUUUUUCAACCCCAUCUUAUACCUAUAGAAUUACACUGUCUCAAAUUAUAAAGUAUUGACAAUUCUAAGUCUGUAUGAGAAAUGUACAGACAUUUGUCAUUUAUACAUAAAUGUAUAUAAGAGCAUAUGUUGCAUAUCUGUGUUUUCUCACACGUGUGUUUCUUAGGAUGGAUAAAAAUAUAAGAUACGAUUUAUCUUUUAUUGAAUCACAAUCUAAAAUAUUCCAUGAACUUGUUUACUCCAGUUGACUCACAGAAAUCUUACUGUAAAUCCAGCUUCAGGGCCUGUGACAACCCGUCACCCAGCAGCAGCAGAGAUUUGUCAUAUGCCAUCACUUACUGUAAAACCAUUCCUCUAACCUGAACAAAUCUGGAAUUCAUCAAGAUUAUGAAAAACUAGUGUUUGUAGAGAAUCCAAUGUUGAGAAUCCAAUCCAUAAUACUUUAAAUAUAAAACAGAAAAUAUGAUAGAAUCAUAACCAACAAAUACUUAUGAUAAUUAAAAGGAAAAUAUUAAUAAAAAAUUAUUGACAUGUAUUUCUUUCCCAUUCUCCCUUUUCUAUUCCUGUUGUAUUUUUGGUAGUGGGUUUUUUGGUUUGGUUAAUUUGUUUUUGUUUGUGCUUAUUCCCUGAGUAACUGAUUAGUGUUAACCAUUAAAUCUCUCUUGACACAAACUUUAUAGUUAAUUAGACAGUUUUCCCCUCUAUUACAAUCGGGACAUGAAUGUAAUAUGGGUAUGAAAAGGGAAAGUUACACAGUCGUGUCCGACUCUUUGCGACCCCGAUUGUAGCCUGCCAGGCUCCUCUGUUCAUGGGAUUUUCCAAACAAGAAUACUGGAGUGAAUUGCCAUUUCCUUCUCCAAGGGAUCUUCCCAACCCAGGGAUCAAACCAGGUCUUGUGCAUUGCAGGCAGAUUCUUUAUCAUCUGAGCCACCAGGAAUAAGACUAGAAAAAGACAAAUACACAUUUAUAGGGUUCUGCCUUCAAUAGGAUAGAUAAUCCUACACAGAAUAUUCUCUUUUUAAGAUGAAAAAAAUCAAAAAGAGCACAAACUAUGUGUCAGAGUUUUGCAUCUAUUAAUAUUAUGCCCUCUGAGUAAAUACACAGAGGUCAGUGAAAAUUCUCAGAACAAUUAAAAACUAGAGCAAUGGUGUUCUCUGUAACUGGUUUCCUGUUUGCCUAUAAAAUUUGAACAAUUUUUUCCUAUUUCUCAGAUAAGUUAUGUGUAUUUGUACUUUUCCUAUAUGUACAAGUGAAUUUUUUAAUGAGAAGAAGUUUGUCAGUGCUGUUUGAAAGCUUAAUUUCAUAUUAUUUGUACUGUUUUUAUUCUAACUGAAUGUGAAAUAAGUUUGUAUUAGUUACUGGUUGAUUUUAAAUAUUGUAUGUGGCAUUUGUACUACUAGAAGAAUGUCUAGAAUUUCUGUAAUUUUUUAAAAACUAGAUUCUUUUGUAAAUCCUGCCUGUGUAGCAUUUUGGAACAUGUAUGACAUACAUUGAUACCUUUAACCUUCCGUAUUGUGUUUCGUUCAGCAUUUUUUUGUUGUUUAAAAAUGUUUCCCUAACAGGUAAAAGUUUAAGGCAGUUCAGUACUUAUCAGCAUUUUCAUUAUCUGGAAAAAGCAACUUGCUUUCGAAUGCAUUUUUUCUGAUAUGCUUGAUUAUAUUUUGGCUUUAAUGGAUUUCCUAUUGCAGGCAUUUUUUAUAUAUGUGAAUAAACUUUAUGCUAAGUAAAUA